AUGGGACGUCGUGGGAGAGGCGGAAAUCGUGGCGGCGGCCGCGGUGGUCGAGGACGAGGACGCGGAAGCUCUCGAGGUCGCGACUACCGAUCAGGACCUGCCAAUUACACGGAACUCGAGAAGAAGAACGAGAACUUUGAGAACUACUACAAUGCGCUUGGCAUCGUCGAGGAAGAGGAGCGAGAGCAGUUCUGGACAGCGCUCAAGAGAGAACUGCCCAACAGCUUCCGCUUCACGGGCUCGAAAGGCCAUGCGCUCUCUGUGCAGCAACGCCUUAUCGACCGUUAUAUCCCGCAAAUCACGUCUGUCACCUACGAAGGCCAGCCCGUACCUCCGCCAACACCGCUGGAAUGGUUUCCGGAGAAGCUUGCAUGGUCAAUGACCACGCCAAAGCAAGUCGUCCGCAAGUUCCCGCCGUUCGCAUCCUUCCAGAAGUUCCUGGUCUCCGAGACGAGCGUUGGCAAUAUCAGCAGGCAAGAAGUUGUCAGCAUGAUACCGCCACUUCUUAUGGACAUCAAACCUGGAAUGACCGUCUUGGAUCUAUGCGCCGCACCUGGCAGCAAGUCGGCGCAGUUGAUUGAGAUGGUACACGGUGGAGAAGAGGCGCGCGUGCGACAAGUGCUACACAAUCUCAAUGAGCAGCAAGGCCGCGGCAUGAGCCCGGAUGGAAUGGAGAUCGAGGCCGAGAAGGCACAAGCACAAUCGGAAGAUGACUGGUCGGAUGAUGGCAGGGCUACGGGCCUCCUCAUCGCGAAUGAUGUAGACUACAGGCGCGCUCAGAUGCUGGUUCACCAGGUCAAGCGACUAAACUCUCCUAACAUGAUUGUUACGAAUCACGAUGCUACGCUGUUUCCGUCCAUCAAGUUAUACUCAGAGCCCGAUCAACCAGGCAGAUAUCUCAAGUUUGAUCGUAUCCUAGCCGAUGUCCCUUGUUCCGGAGAUGGCACCGCUCGGAAGAAUCCCAACAUUUGGAAAGACUGGAUACCUGGAAACGGCCUUGGAUUGUACGCGACGCAGGUGCGGAUCCUCGUUAGGGCGCUGCAGAUGUUAAAAGUCGGCGGGCGAGUCGUAUACUCAACAUGCAGUAUGAAUCCGGUCGAGGAUGAGGCCGUAGUCGCAAGCGCAAUUGAUCGCUGCGGAGGCGUAUCGAAGGUCAAGAUAAUUGAUUGCAGCGACACACUGCCUGGACUGAAACGAAAGUCUGGCCUGAGCGAAUGGAAAAUCAUGGACAAGACAGGCCGAAUGUGGAGUUCGUGGAAAGAGGUUGAGGAAGCUAGGGAAGCCCAAGGAGAGGAAGGCUUCGGGCGGCUGACCGAAGGGAUGUUCCCGCCCGUAACAGAGUCCGAAGAUGAGAGGUUGGCACUCGAGCGGUGCAUCCGGGUUUACCCUCAUUUGCAAGAUACCGGCGGCUUCUUCAUCGCCGUUCUGGAGAAACAGACGGAAAUCAAAGCGCGUCCAGAGUCGCGAUCCAAGAUUACGGCUCCGAAACCUCCAGUUGCCUCGCUUCUCGAUGCGCUCAAUGCGAAAAUCGAGAACCCCACCAAUGGAGAUGUGGAUCGCAAUCUUCAUGAAGCAUAUGAGAAUCUCGCGCCAAUGAGGGUUGACCCGGAUAACGCACUGGAUGACAGCAACGCACCACCCACUGCUCGUCAGAACAGAGCGAACACCCCUCCGGCCACCAAGCGACCGUUGGAAGACGAUGAAGAAGAUGGCGGCGUUUCGCAAGAUUCGCCAACCAAGCGCGUGAAAACCGACGUAGACGACAGUCGAAUGGUCCACUUCCCGCCUCCGCCGGCCGCUCAGCUUGAGCCAGAGAAGUAUGAGGAUACUGCAGAUGAACCACUGGAAUUAGAUACCAUAAACGGAGGCCAGGAACCUUACCAACCGCCUUCUCGACCUGAUCAACCACCGAAGAAAAGACGCGAUCAGCCACACGAAGAGCCAUUCAAAUAUCUGGACCCAGAUCACGAAGAGCUACUCGGCAUAUACAAGUUCUACGAGGUGUCACCGAGGUUCCCACGCGACAGAUUCAUGGUCCGGAAUGCUACCGGGCAGCCAGUCAAGGCGAUCUACUAUACCUCUACACUCGCGCGCGAGAUCCUAACCCAGAAUGAAGGAAAGGGCAUGAAGUUCGUACAUUGCGGCGUUAAGAUGUUCAUGAAGCAGGACGCGCAGGGACAAGACGUCUGUCGGUGGCGCAUUCAGUCGGAGGGUAUGCCGAUCAUUGAGCCUUGGGUGGGCGAGGGCAGGAUAGUGCGGUUGUACAAGAGGGAGACGCUAAGGAAGCUUCUAAUCGAGAUGUUUCCUCGUGUCGCGCAGGAUGGCUGGAGGGAUCUUGGUGAGAUCGGCGAGAGGGUGAGGGAUAUUGGCAUGGGCUGCUGCGUCCUCAGAGUUGAGACCAGCGAUGACGAGGACGGUUUCAAGGAGCGACUAGUGCUUCCACUUUGGAGAAGCAUUUCGUCCCUCAACCUUAUGCUGCCGAAGGAGGACCGUAAAGCAAUGCUCCUCCGCUUAUACAACGACGACUCACCCCUAGUCGACAACUCCAAAAAUCGCUUUAAACAGCAAGAGACCUCGCGCGACAUCUCGCGAUCGUCAACAGCGGGCACCCCACUACCGGAGAGCGGCAUAGCCGAAGCCACCGAUGAACCCGAAACCAUCAUCGAUAAGGAUGGCGGUGUAGUCUUUAACACGGCCAUGGAUUCAGAUGUCGAGGAGACCACGACCGGCAUCGGCGGCAAGGGAAUUGGGCCAGAGCACAAGGCCAUGGAAGCGGAGGACAGGAUGAAGGCUGACGCGCAGAACAAGGCGGACAAUACGCGUGAGAUCGCGCCGGGUGUUACGGACGAGGAGGAUGUCUUUAAUAAGGGGGUUUGA